GUGUCGACAACAACUGGUGAACCCACUAGAGCAGUUUUUGGUUCAUCGACAACAACUGGUGAACCCACUACGACCGUCACUGGUAUGUCGACAACAACUAAUGAACCUUCUACAACCAUCACUGACUCAACAAAAACAACUGGUGAACCCACUACAACAGUCACUAUUGUUUCAACAACAACUGGUGAACCCACUACAACAAUCACUGUUGUGUCGACAACAACUGAUGAACCCACAACAACCAUCACUGAGUCAACAAAAACAACUGGUGAACCCACAACAUCAAUCACUCUUUCAUCAACAACAACUGGUGAACCCACUACGACCGUAACUGGUGUGUCGACAACAACUGGUGAACCCACUACGACGGUCACUGGUGUGUCAACAACAACUGGUGAACCCACUACGACCGUAACUGGUUUGUCGACAACAACUGGUGAACCCACUACAUUAUUCACUCUUUCGUCAACAAAAACUGGUGAACCCACUACAACAAUCACUGUUGGGUCGACAACAACUGAUGAACCCACGACAACCAUCACUGAGUCAACAAAAACAACUGGUGAACCCACUACAUCAAUCACUCUUUCAUCAACAACAACUGGUGAACCCACUACGACCGUAACUGGUGUGUCGACAACAACUGGUGAACCCACUACGACCGUCACUAGUGUGACGACAACAACUGGUGAAACCACUACAACCGCAACUGGUGUGUCGACAACAACUGGUGAACCCACUACCACCGUAACUGGUGUGUCCACAACAACUGGUGAACCCACUACGACCGUAACUGGUUUGUUGACAACAACUGGUGAACCCACUACGACCGUAACUGGUGUGUCGGCAACAACUGGUGAAACCACUACAACCGUCACUGGGGUGUCGACAACAACUGGUGAACCCACAACAUCAAUCACUCUUUCAUCAACAACAACUGGUGAACCCACUACGACCAUCACUGGUGUGUCGACAACAACUGGUGAAACCACUACAACCGUCACUGGGGUGUCGACAACAACUGGUGAACCCACAACAUCAAUCACUCUUUCAUCAACAACACCUGGUGAACCCACUAUGACCGUCACUGGUGUGUUGACAACAACUGGUGAACGCACUACAAUAUUCACUGGUGUGUCGUCAACGAGUGGUCCAUCAACAACUACUGCUACAGCUGCACCCACAACAACAGUCACUAGCGCAUCAAAUGCCAGCCCAACUACAACAGCUACUCCUGUCAUCACUACUGCCAUCAUCACAGCCACAACAGCUGCAACCACCGCUGCUGUAAUCACUAGGGUUCCUGUGGUGUUCCGGUCCAGAGAGACAUUUACCUCUGACCUAUUAAACACAUCAUCUCAGGCCUUUCAAACCCGAGCAUUACUGAUUAAAACUCAGCUUGAACCUUUCUAUCGAACAGCUUUCACCUCUUUCAACAGUUUGACGGUGACAGAAUUCAGCUCUGGAUCCAUCAUCAAUACUAUGAAUUUAGCAUUCAGCUCCUCCUCCGUCCCUAAUAUCACAGAGAUUGGCACUGUUUUGAUAAAUGUUGAGCAUAACAUCACUGCUUUGGACAUUGACCCCUCCUCAGUGACAGUCAACGGCACAGGUAUUGUUCCUCCUACAACUUCUGUUACUACCACUGUGGCUGGUGCUACCACCGCAACAACUGGAAAACCUGUCACUGUUCCUGCUACCGUGCCUACAACUAGGCCCACAACUACAACCACUACAUAUGUGGCCCCCACAACUACAGUGUCAAGGACAACAUCACUACUGUCAACAACUACCAGCACAGCUCCAACUACCACAACAACCAACGCACCAACCACUACUACUACAACACCUACUACUACUACUAGUACAACAACCACUACUACAACACCUACUACUACUACUACUAGUACUACAACACCUACAACUGCACAUCUUCAACCUGCUCCACUGGUGUUUUUCAUCAUACAACAAGUGUUUGUAGAAGCUUUAAAUGACCCUCAAAGUACACAAUUCCAAGAACUUGCAGUAACUAUUACUGCAGUGUUUGAUGUGAUCUACAAAGCAAAAUAUGGGAUCCUCUUCAUCCGGACGAUUGUUGUUGGAUUCACACCUAUUUUCCGUUCCCGUAUGGAUGCAGAAACACAGGCAGAGGUCCAACUGGUGUUCAAUGAGACCUCCACUCAAUCUGUCCCUGAGGUUACUGACAUUAGCAAUACACUGAAAGAGGCUGUGACGAAUCCAAACAUUACCUUUGGCAACCUCUCUGUGGAUGUUACCACCAUCACUGUUAAAGUGCCCACCACAAAUGCCAACACAACUACAAUGGCUACUCCUGUCAUCACUACUUCCAUCAUCACAACUACAACCACUGAAACUGCCGCUGUGGCACUCACUAAGUUGACUGUGGUGUUCCGGUCGAGAGGAGAGACGUUUACCUCUGACCUAUCAAACCCAUCUUCUCAGGCCUUUCAAAGCCGAGCAUUACUGAUUAAAACUCAGCUUGAACCUUUCUAUCGAACAGCUUUCACCUCUUUCAACAGUUUGACAGUGACAGAAUUCAGCUCUGGAUCCAUCAUCAAUACUAUGAAUUUAGCAUUCAGCUCCUCCUCUGUCCCUAAUUCCAUGGAUAUUGGCACUGUUUUAAAAAAUGCUGCCCAAAAAAUCACAGCUUUCAACAUUGACCCCACCUCAGUGACAGUCAACGGCACAGCUGUGACCUCAAGUGGAGGAAGCAGCAAGACAAGUCUCUUCACAGCAUUCUUUCUGGUGGUUCUGUCGCUUCUACUGUCAAGCCAGCAUUAGUCUCAGUGGUAAAGCCCACUAAAAACACUAUUUCACUCACUGGCAAGCAGCAGAACGAAAUAGUGAUGGUAGUCAUAUUUUCACUUUGAGAACUUCCCACACAUUCCAACCCCUGACCCAAUUCCACACAUGAUUUGAAUAGUGUCCAAAAAUUAAAUGAAGUCUUGUUAGCUGACAUAAGAUACAGUAUAUGUGGCAGUUGAACACAACGAUGUGAUAUAAUUACUGCCUAUUCAGUCAAAAUGUGUAAGUGCUUGGGUUUCCAUCAUAAGUCAAUGUUAUUUCCAUGCAAUGACAAAUAAUGUUUGAUUUAAUAUGCACUUAAGGUUAUUUUUGAUUUGCUCUGUUGCUGAUAUGAACUAAAACGUUGAUUCACUCUGUCACUGAUAUGAAGUAAAACAUUGAUUCACUCUGUUGCUGAUAUGAAGUAAAACAUUGAUUCACUCUGUCAUUGAUAUGAACUAAAACGUUGAUUCACUCUGUCAUUGAUAUGAACUUAAACAUUUAAUCACUCUGUUGCUGAUAUGAACUAAAACGUUGAUUCACUCUGUCAUUGAUAUGAACUUAAACAUUUAAUCACUCUGUUGCUGAUAUGAACUAAAACAUUUAAUCACUCUUUUGCUGAUAUGAACUAAAACAUUUAAUCACUAUGUUGCUGAUAUGAACUAAAACAUUGAUUCAUUCUGUUUGCUGAAAUGAACUAAAACAUUUAAUCACUCUUUUGCUGCA